UGGAGAGACUCGCUUGCGGAGGGAGUUUUGGACGGAGAGAAGGAACGGGGGAACAGGUCAUUCUCUGACCACGGUCCGAGGCAGGGUGUGACAUGGACAUCCUUGAGACUGAUGCAUACGACCGAAGACAGCGCAGGAACUCGUCCUGCGUUCUCUUUCUCUUUCUUUUACCCUUCUUUAUCUUCAGCUCCUUCUAUUUCUACCUGUGGAUCCCCCAGAGUGAGCCGUCCGUCUUCGCCGCAGCGGUGAAGUCCGGUCCUGUGCUCUCAUUGGCUGCUCUGGUGCUGCUUUACAACGGUGGGCGGAGCUUCUGGGGAGUGGCGGGCGGGCUCCUCCUCUCCGCCUGCGGGGACUGCUGCCUGAUAUGGCAGGAGCUGUUUCUCCAUGGGAUGGCCGCCUUCGGCUUGGCGCACCUCCUCUACUCCUUCGCCUUCCUCACCGACCGCUACUCCUCCCCGUCCUCCUCCUCCUCCACCACCUCCUUGUUCCUGUCCAUCUUCCUGUGGUUGACCGGGGCGGGGACGUACUUCUACCUCCUCCCCUUCUUGCAGAAGAGAACGGACUCCGCCAUUUUGAUUCCGGCCUUGGGGGCGUACAUGGUUCUGAUAGUAGCCAUGGUGACCCUGGCCCUGCACACGCGGCGGCCCGCGACCGCCGUGGGGGGCUUGUCGUUCCUGGUCUCCGACCUGACGCUCUCCCUGCAAAUUUUCGGGGUGGUCGACCCCUUUGCGGAAGGCAGGGCGGUCAUCAUGACGACCUACUACCUGGCGCAGCUGCUGAUCGCCGUGGGAGACGUGACGGCAGGAAGUGACACGGGAGACGGGCUCAGGAAGAGGAAGAGGAUGUAAGGGUGAGCAGAGGACUGAAUGGACUCGUGUGACGAACCGGCGUAAAUGGGCUCAAUACGCCCCCCCCCCAUCCCAUCCAAUCACCCCCCCCCCCCCCCAGUCCCGCCCCGCCCUACCAGCCUGCAAGGGGACUCAUAAAAGACCCCCCCACCACCACCACCACCCCCUCUAAAUCUCACAGCUAGACUUGUACAAGAUUCACAAGAAUGUCCAACCUCAGAUUAAACACUAAAACUCAAGAUUGGGUUCAAAUAACCACCGCUGUUGUCAUUCACAAUAGUUUAAAAGUGUAAAAAGAUUCAUUGUUUCCACGCUGUUUUAAUCACUGCGAAUGCCAGGGUGACGCUGCUCGUUCGCUGCAAGCUUCUUACUGAACGCUUGUUUACUGUGUGUGUGUGGAAGCGAAAGCAGCUUGUGACCAGGCUGUCAGAACAACACGUUCUGAACGGAGAGCCCGUCCAACAGUGGAGGAAAACCACUUCCUGUUCAUAGCGGUAAGAGCAGACAUACUGGCAGUCAUGAAGCAGUGACAGGGUGGAUCUUCUGAAACUGUAGGCAACUAGAUGGCACAGAACACACACAACAUCACACGUACAGGGUAAAGUCCAAAAGCAUUAUUGGUAACUCAGUCUCGUGCAGUCUAGCUAUAGACAAUUUUUGGCAAAUGUUCAAUUGACAUUCGAGGGAAAUAUUAAGAAAUGCAGCUGACAAACGAUUGCUACACCCUGGAAAACCUCUGAAAUUGAUACUAACUUUUAACAUACUUUUUCCCCACAUACAGCAAUUCUUCAGAUACCCAAACUCUGGAUAAGAGUUUGAGCAGAUAACGGUGAAGCUGUAAAAUUGAAACUCAAAUGAGAAGCUAACUCAGGUUAGAAAAUAAGCAGACGUGUAUAAAGCUAUUGAGCCCGGUACUGUUUUAAUAUUUUAACUUAACUGUGUCCAAUAUUGGAAAAGUUGCAGGGUUAACAUUACUCAGCACAAUAAAAACUGGAUAUGGUGG